CGGGGGCGGCGGGGGCGUGUCCGGAGCGGCGGCGCCGGUCGCGGGCGUGUGCGGCUGCGGGGCCCGGAGCGCCGCGGGCGGAGCAGCGCUGGGAGCACCAGACGCGGGUCCCGGCCGCGGUAAGACGAUGGAGGAGCCGAGCGGUUGCUGUGGCUUUAGCCGGGUUGAAGGAGCAGUCGUGAGAAGUUUCCCGUUUGGAGCUGGGCUCCAAAGAGAAGGAACUUGAAAUUGCUACUUCUGAUAAAACUAGGAAAAGUGUCCCUGCUUGGCUGUUUGUUCCUUGCAAGCAGCAGAGCCCAGCCCCGAGAUUCCUCAGCGUUUGUGACCCGCAGUCACUGUCACCACAGCUCCCUUUGCCACUCCCCUGCUGAAGGGCAGGAGCUGCACAGAGCCAGGGGCAUCCAGCUGCAGGAUCCAGGAGGAUGCAGCUCCUCUUUUCAAGGAGGGAGCCCCGAAGGGCAGGAGAUGUAUGUUUUUAACUUGACAUCACUCACAGAGUCUGAAAACGUCUUGUCAGCUUCGGUGUAUUAUUAUAUCGGUGAUCGGCUGCAUGCGGAGUGGAACUGUUCCCAGUCCAGUGGCUGUUCUCAUCACAGGCACGGGAAACCUGAAAUUCAGAUACGUCUUUCAGUUGGGACCUUUCCUUCAGUUGGGAACCCAACUCGGAGCCUGGGACAUUUCCUCAUCAAUGUCUCUUCUGCUUACCAGGACAUCCUUUCCUGGCAGUGGAAGGAUAUCACUCGGCUCCUGCAUGAAGCAAAGCAAAACAACGAACUGCUGAUCAGUGUUAAAAUGGAUCUGAGCAGCCAUCACCCCUGGGAAAGGGCAUCUUCUUCCUAUGAACCCUACAUCUUGAUUUACGCCAAUGAUUCUGCUAUCUCAGAGCCAGAGAGUGUUGUCUCUACUUUGCAAGGACAUCGUCAUCCUCUGGCGAGCGUCUUUUCCAAGCCAGAAAGCCACAUGAGGAGCAGUGUCAGGAAUCGCCGGAGAAAACGCUCUGCAAACAUCCUGUUGCCGUUGCAGAAUAACGAGCUUCCGGGAGCCAAGUACCAGUACGGUGAGGACGAGAGAUGGGAAGACAGAAAACCCUACAAGACCUUCCAGCCACAGUUAGCAGACAGGGCCAGGAGUAAGAAAAAGCAGAGGAAGAAUCAUCUCCAGAAGACCCAGACUCUCCAGUUCGAUGAGCAAACACUGAAGAAGGCGAGGAGGAAGCAGUGGAACGAGCCGAGGUAUUGCGCCCGGCGCUAUCUCAAGGUGGAUUUUGCAGACAUCGGCUGGAGCGAGUGGAUUAUUUCCCCGAAGUCCUUCGACGCCUAUUACUGCUCAGGAGAAUGCCAAUUCCCAAUUCCAAAGGCCAUGAAGCCAUCCAACCAUGCCACCAUCCAGAGCAUUGUGAGAGCUGUCGGAGUCGUCCCCGGCAUUCCUGAGCCUUGCUGUGUUCCUGACAAAAUGUCUUCUCUUAGUAUCUUAUUCUUUGAUGAAAACAAAAAUGUGGUUCUGAAGGUGUACCCCAACAUGACAGUGGAGUCCUGUGCAUGCAGAUAACACCUUGUGAGGCCUUUUGGCAGUGCCAGGGUGAUCACUUGCUGUUUGGGGAAGGGAGGUGGAUGGGGGUCUCAUCGUACCUACUUUAUGUUUGCACUGCCAAUGCAUUUCCUUUGGACAAAAAAGAAAAUGUAAAGAAAUCCAAACAAUGAGAAUGGAAAUGGAAUGGAUUCCAAAUAGCAAUUCCAAGGCAAGUGAAUAUGAACUUCAUUCGUCUGUACACAAGCCUUGGGAAUGGGACCUGACCGUACCUGCUGAAAUCGAGAGGUGAAAGAAGAAUCUGCAGAUUUUUGAGACUGCCCGAAGAACAUAGUGAUCUAUUUUUGUACAAGAUUCUGGAAGCAGCACAAGCUGUUAAUUCUUAUCUCUGUUCUUAUGGUGACUAAUGGCGGGGGGACAUUAGAAAUGUAAUAGUCUUCAUUUUAAAGCUAAAUUUCUUGCCUUAGGUUUUAGAGUAGUACAGCAAGGCGGCAAAACAAAUCUGACAUCCUAAAAGUGUAGAUAACCCUACCUGAACGUGCAUCUCCUUGGUACAACGUUACCCACCUUGUGAGCGAGUUCCUUUUCAUCGAUAUGUUCUUUGUAAGUCAGGAUUUUGGAGCUCGGCAUCCCUGGGCAGAAGAGCUCAAAACAGGACUGCUGAGUGCAUAACUCUGAUUUCUUACAGGCUCAGUUGUUUCUUUCAUGGAAGACUUUUCCUGUUAUGGAAGAUCAGCAGGCCAGGGGUGUGAAAAUACCACACUCAGUGAAGUGUCCGAGUGACUUAUUCACAACAUAUUCUAGAACACGCUUGCAAAUGAUCUGUGGGUUGUCUGCCUGCAAGGAUGUUGUAGCCAGGUUGUGGAGUGGCCUCUUCUCCCAGGUAACAAGCGAGAGGGCCAGAGGUCAUAGCCUCAAGCUGCACCAGGGGAGGUUCAGGCUGGACAUUAGGAAGAAUUUCUUCAUGGAAAGGAUGGUCAGGCAGUGGAAGGGACCGGGGAGGUGGUGGAGCUGUUCAGAAAAGGACUGGACAGGGCACUCAGUGCUCUGAUUUAGUUGGCAAGGUGGUGAUCGGUUCUUCCAUACUUUGGGGGCCCUGAACUCAGCAGCAGCAGAGUGUCACUCCCGGGGCAGGGCUAGUCCCAAAUAUUGGCACCCUUGACUGAGGAGAGGCUUGUGAGUUUGUAGGAGACUGAUGGGUUGUUUAGUGGCUCCCUUUUCCUUGUAAAACCAGCGUUUUUAAAUGAUUUCUGGUGAAAUAUUUAUCUGUGUACAGAUUGUCAAUUAAGAAAAAUGAAAAUCACCUCCAAAAAAGAAAAGUUAUUUUGUAUAUGGAAAGAAACUUUUACAGAUGCUUCUAAUUUAUUUUAUAUCUGUGGCCCUCUUAAUGUAUCUUUCUUUAUCUCAGCACUCUUUAAACCGUGCAGUUUUCUCUGUCAGUGCAAAGAUGAAGCACCAGGACUGUGGUGGAGCUCCAAAGGACAGGUGCGACCACAGUGUGAAGGGCAUGUUUCACUACUGAUGGAUAAGCUUGUCUGAUCUGUAUGGUUUUCCUUCAGUAAUAUGGACAUUCUGCUAGGAACUCUGGAGAAAUAUAAAAUAAAAUCACUCUUUAAAAUGAAAA